UCGCCCGUGGGACGCGCAGCGGGCCGGGAGUGUCUCCCUCGACCAGAGAGAGAGAGAGCAGCCCGACCUCGCGCGCGCGUGGACCAUGGCGCCCCAGGAGGCCGCGCCGCCGCCUGCGGUGCUAGUGGAGGGAGUCGAGCAGAAGCUCAUCGACUUCGACGACGUGCUGCCGCACCUGGGCGAGUUCGGCCUCUACCAGAAGAUCCUGUUCGCGCUGCUGGCGCCGUUCGCGUUCUUCGUCGCCUUCACGUACUUCGCGCAGAUCUUCAUCACGCUGGUGCCCGAGGAGCACUGGUGCCGCGUGCCGGAGCUCGCCAACCUCUCGCUGGAGCGCAGGGUCGCGCUGUCCAUCCCGCCGGCGGCUGGGCCGGGACCCGGGUACGAGCGCUGCUGGAUGUUCGCCGUCAACUACACCGAGGUGCUGGCGCGCGGGCUGAACCAGUCCGAGCCGUCGUGGCCGCGCGCCAGGUGCCAGCACGGCUGGGAGUUCAACUUCACGGAGGUGCCCUACCCCACCAUCGCCACCGAGCUGGAGUGGGUGUGCGAGCGCGACUACCUGGGCACGGUGGCGCAGUCAGUGUUCUUCUGCGGCGCCAUCGCCGGCGGGCUGGUGUUCGGCUGGGUGGCGGACCGCCACGGCCGCGUGCCUGCCCUGGUGGGCACCAACCUGGUGGGCGUGGUGGCCGGCUGCGCCACCGCCUUCGCCUCCAGCUUCUGGGCCUUCUGCGCCUGCCGCUUCCUGCUGGGGCUGGCCUUCGACAACUGCUUCACCAUGAUGUACAUCCUGGUGCUGGAGUACGUGGGCCCGCAGUGGCGCACCUUCGUCGCCAACAUGUCCAUCGCCAUCUACUUCACGCUGGCGUCCUGCCUGCUGCCGUGGAUCGCCUACUUCAUCGCCGACUGGCGCCUGCUGUGCGUCGCCACGUCUGCGCCUCUGCUGCUGGCCGCUGUCACGCCGUGCAUUGUGCCCGAGAGCGCCAGGUGGCUUGUCUCGCAAGGGAAAAUCGAGAAAGCCGUUCGCAUCAUGAAGAAAUUUGAAAAAAUUAAUGGAGCGAAAGUGGAUCCUCAAAUCUACACACAAUUCAUGGACAGCUGCCAGAAGCUGCAGAAGGAGGAGGAGGCAGACAAGGUGUACUCGGUGUUGGAUCUGUUCAGAACACCCAGGCUGCGCAACAUCACCUUGCUUCUCAUCACCAUCUGGAUGGCCAUCUCGCUGUGCUUCGACGGCCACGUGCGCAACGUGGGCAGCCUGGGGCUGGACGUGUUCCUGACCUUCACCAUCGCCUCGGCCACGGAGCUGCCGGCCGACACUCUGCUGACGGCCGUGCUGGACCGCUGGGGGCGGCGCUGGCUGGCCUGCGGCUCCAUGGUGCUGAGCGGCGUGUUCAGCCUGCUGGCCACCGCCGUGCCCUCGGGCAUUCCGUCGGCGUCUCUCGCCAUCAUGGGUCGGUUCAGCAUCAACAUAUCGUACAACAUAGGCCUGCAGUACGCGGCGGAGCUGCUGCCGACAGUGGUCCGAGGGCAAGGAGUGGCCCUCAUACACAUCAUGGGCUACGUGGCGGCCAUACUGGCUCCUUUCGUGGUUUACCUGGCGGUCAUCAGUCCCGACGCCCCCUUGCUGGUGCUGGGGCUGCUGGGCAUCGCGGGGGGCGUCCUGUCGCUGUUCCUCCCGGAGACUCUCGACAAAGACCUGCCGCAGACUCUUCAGGACGGAGAGAACUUCGGGAGGGGGCAGAAGCUGCUAGACUUCCCGUGCAUCCAAAAAGCCCCCUCCGCAGAAGAGGUCGGAGCGGCCGGCGGAGGAGGAGAGAAGAAGACUCCGGAAGAGCCGAGCCCGUUCCGGCGGGGCCACGUGGGGCGCGCCUCGCUGCGGGCGUCCAUCCGCGGGGAGACGUACCGCUCCAGCAUGCUGCAGAGGUCCGUGCGUUCCCGGCGCUCCGUGCGCAGCGACAAGGAGGCCGCGAGCAGCGUGUGAGGGAGAUGCCGGUCCGGUCCACAGGGGCUAGGCACCAGUCCCCUCGCAGCCUCCUUCCCGGAUGGACGUCCCCAACACUCUACCAUACACCAGGCUUUGUGGCGAAAUUUUCAGGGAAAGUCGUCGAAACGUGAAUUGACCAAGAACUCGUUCGUUCAUUCUGUUGCCUGUUGGAAAAUGUGUGAUGAUCAGGUAACAGAGGGUCUUUAAAAUACGUAUAAUGCAACAUCAAAUUAUACACAAAGACGUCUGCUGCAAAAACCACUAACAAAAUUUUUUUUGUAAAGGGAGUUUUGCUACCGCUGUGUUUUUUUUUUUUCCUCAUCCGGACAGGGAAUUUGUGAAGUUUGAAAGGGUGUUGGGCACAUCUGCUUGCAGUGUGUGUGACGUCACAUAAGCUACUUAUAAUGGCACGUGACUACCGUGUGUUGAACUUGAGCUACCCACCUCUGUGACUAGACUACUCACUUUGACCACAGUGAGUUAACGAGAGAGCAUACAGUUUCUCUCGAGCGAUGGGUUUGUCUUGUAGGGAAUCAAAUGUAAACCCAAACUUCAUAUUUAUUGCGCUUGUAUUUUGUAAAUAGUUUGAUGUGCUGUCCUGUAGGGGAAUAUUUACAACUACAUAAUGUGUUCAUGGGAGCAUGUAAAUGUUUUCUGUGCAUUAGAGAUUUGUACAUAUGUAGCAUAAGGAAUUUUCACUAUAAAAUUUUCGGCGUAUCCAACCAGUUAGGUCUCAAUGAUAUACAUAGGCUGGACAGUGUAUGAUUUUGCAUUUUUUUUUUAAGCAACAGGAAUUUUGAUACCUGUACUGGGUUUAUUAUUAUCUAAAAGUAUUUAAAAUGUAAGAUAUUAUAAGGCAAACAAAUAUUUCUUAAGUAUUAAAAACAGCUUAUUUUUGUUAUAGCAAUUCUACAGUUACGUGGAGUUUUUUCAAUAAAUUAUGCCCCAAUUUAACCAUCUUAAACCAAUUCUAAUAAAAUUUUUCAACAUUUUUAUGUACUUUUGUUGUUUCAUUAGUUAAAUAGCUUGAUUGAAUAUAAUUACCUUUUUUCCGAGAAUGUAUUGAGACUGACAAUACAUAUUGUUUGAUCUCGGGACAAAUGUUUAAAUUUCCCCAUAUCUUAUAGAUCAAGAUUUUUUGUAAUGGAUUUAAGUUCUAAAGAUUUUCAUCAAGUUUAUAGCAAAUUUCCAUUUUAAAGUUAAUGCAAAGUUAUGGUCUUGCAGGAGAAAUUAACACUGUUAUUCGCUUUUAAAUAGACUAACUCAAAUUUUCGUUGAUUCCAUUGUUUUAACAACCAUCCUCAGUCUGUACUUUGUAAGUUUCACUAAUGUUUACAAUAAUUUCAUGCUUUUCUAGAAAGAUAAACUAAGGCUUUAUUGUUAAAUGUUUUUAAGUAUUCAUAAAUUUAAAAAUUUUAGGUAAAUUUUUCAGUUCUUACGACUGUGAAUGUUUCAACAUAAUUUUUAUCGCCCCUGCAAUGCAGUUUACAUGAAAAACAAGAAAAUGUUAUAAAACCACAGAAAAUAGUCUUUAUUGUAUACUUAUAUGAUUCUGAUUACUGAUUAAAUUUCCUUUGAUCCUGUAGUUACCUAUAUUGUAAAGACUGAAUAUUAAUUAAAAUUAAUUUAAUGACUUGUGUCUACAUUAUUUUUUACCAUCAUUAAUAUAUUAAAUUGUAUUUGUUUGCUAAACCACUUAGUUCUAAUCCAAAAAGCAUUAAUUUUUAAUAACAAAAAUAAGUAAUGAACGUAAUCGGUCACCAUCUCGAAUACACUAAAACAGGUGACAGUAUAAGAAGUACUGGCUCACCAACAACCAACUUAAUCAUAGUAAGAACCUCAGCAACAUCUUGCAACAACACACUUCGCACUUAUCGCAUACAGCGCUUGUAUGCCUUAUGUGCCUUGUAUUCCAUGUAGCAGGCUUACAUGCAGAAUUUGGCUACCGCUCAUUCUUCGUUAAUGUCAAUCCAAAAAGUCAAGUUUUCUUUCAAGGGACAAUUAACUUCCAUGGAUGGAUGGAUGGAUGGAUGGAUGGAUGGAUGGAUGGAUGGAUGGAUGGGCUUAACUUCUCUGCAAACGGGAGUAACCAGAGAAAAUCUACAGGCUCACAGCAACACAUUUCGUGUGUGUGAAGGAUCCUGGCUCUACACUGGACAGAAAGUAAACCAGUAUUGCCUCCAAGGGAAGGGAGAGUAAACUAACCAAUCAACCAAUGUGAACCUGAAGUUAUAAAUAAAGUGAGCCCUUUACUGGCAUUCACCACUAACAUUCAUUUGUGCUGCCAUUUUGACAUUCAACUAAUUGAAUAUUCUCAUUCAUUCAAAGAUUUUAGUUCCAGACAUGUUAAAUAUAUUUUUUAUUGAAUUUUUUUAAUCUAUUGGGGAUAUCGUGCUUUCAUGGCAAAAUUUGUUCCUUAAAAUGUAAAAAUAUAAAAUAUAUAAUGGUAGAAAUUUUAAUAAUUUGUACCAACUGUGCCGAAACAUAGGCUCAGAUUGUUUGUUUAUAUUUACGUUUAAAAACAUUUAAUUUAAUAUUGUGAAUCAUUACGAAACAGUAUCGAGUGUCAAUGUUAUUUGAUUAUAAACAGAAAACAUCUAUGUGAAUGCACUGUAUGACUGUGGACCAAGUCGUUUGCAACAAUACAUUUAAAAACUUAUUUUUUUAUUACAACAUUUAAUAACAGGUAUUUUUCCUUGGUUAAGCUUUUUUUUUGAAAAACAUUUAAUAUUUUGGUUAUUGUUGUAAUUGUGUGUAAUUGUUUUGAACUUAAAGUUUAAGUCUUACAAUUCGUACGGGCCAAUAGGAAUGCGUCAUACGGACGUUUUUGAACGGGCUGGCAACGAUCGAAAGAAUGUUGGGGAUUUUUGAAGUCCGAAGGACGCUCGAAGUUAAAGCCAAUAAAGUUUGUUAAAUAAAUAUAAAAAUUGAAAGUAAAUAGGAUUGUGUGGUUUUAUGACACAAGUAGAUGCGCAAAGCUACGUGUGUAGAAAAUGUUUUAGGAAAACAUGUAAUUUUUUUUUUUAUUGUGGACAGAAAUUGCGAUUAUCGCCGAUACCGUAAGUUGCGCCAUUGUAGCGCUUGUUAAUUUCCCUAAUUGUCACCGCUACCCCAAACACACAUAUGAUUUUUAUGAACCUAUAGACGAAUGAACUUUCAUUGCCUAAAGAACUUAAUUUAAAUUCGUGACAUAAUUUUUAUAAACAUUUAUAUUUUUUUUAAUAUAUUACAAACUUCAUUAUCUUGUUUAACCCCAGGUGUCUUGUUUUUAAAGUUAUCUGCUCACCCUGAACUAGCUAGCCGGCGCAUUAUAAAUAGACUAACCAGUUAAAAUAAAACUUUCAAGUGGUGAAAAUAUUUGGUGACAUAAAAUCUAUCAGGACUAACGAACUUUAGGUUUAUGUGUGUGCCCUACAUACCUCCGGAAAUUACGAAUUUAAGGAUGAUCUGUUAAGCUAAUCUACCUCUGCCACAGUUUUUUUAUUCUGAAACCCAAACUGCCUGAUUGCUGUACUAAAGUUGAAUUUAUUUAAGUGGGAUAUUUGUCUAACAGUGAGGGAUAAAGUUAUUAAAAUAUUUGCAGUUUUUCCAAACAACACAACUACAUAGUGUGUUUUUAUUUGUUUACUGCCAUUAUUGUCCCAUGUUUCUAUGUGGUUUAAAAUUGAAUGUCACCAAUACCUCAUUUGAAAGCAAUAAUAAAAUGAUAAUAGUCCACCACUAAUAAUAAUUGAAAACUAGAAACAACUAUAUACAUACUUAUUUUAACACUAGUAUAUCAUACAUCACUAUUUACAUAACCACAAACUCUUGUUUUUAUAGACUUUUUCUUCGAGAUAAUGGUGUGGAAAUUAUGAUUGUCUAUAGAGGGCUUUAUGUAUGGUUAGCCAUGGCCAGGAGGCUAGAGAGCUGAGCUUCUGUGUGAAGACAGGUGAAACGAGAGCGUAUUUUGAAGAACAGGAAAUAUUUUUGUAUGUUUAUUUAACAUGAACUGGGCAAUAAUUCCUGUUUAAUUUCCUUUAGGGGUAACCAAAACUGCAUUACACUCUGUUCAACAACAGGGCAGAAAUUAUAUUUACCUAAAUUAUUAACCACUCGGAUGACAUGGAUGUAACCCAUACUUGUGACAAAUGUGGUUUAGUGCGAUAUAAAUUGAAUUCAUCAGUUGUGUAAAUGCAUGAGGUUCACUUUAACUAAAAAUUGUCAAAAAAAAGAUAAUUUUAAGAUGCUAGCCAAAAUCACUGGCACUUUGGACAGCAACUUGUCUUUUCCUGAGGUACCUAAUACAGCGAAAAUGGUCUUUCAUAGUUGAUAUGAUUUUUCAAUGCUUAACACAUGCACAUAUGAAUAAUUGU